UAAACGAAAGCCUUUACUCAGACAGUCCAUGGAACGGUCUAUAAAUACUCUUUAUUGGCCCUAACCCAAGACCCAGAACAAAUCAUCAGCUAAAAACCAUUUUGCAUAUUUCGUUAUCAAUUAGCUGCCAAAGUUCAGUUGGUGAACAAUGGAGGUUAGCAUAAUCUCAAAAGAAACCCUCAAACCAUCUUCCUUGCCACUUGAUGUGAAACCCCACAAACUUUGUCUCUUUGAUCAGAUCACUCCCUUCACCUACGCUUCCAUCAUGGUCUUCUACCGCAUCACCGAUCCCAAUUUCGAUGUCGGCGAAACCCUAGCCCAGCUCAAGAAGUCAUUCUUGGAAACCCUAACUCUGUUCUACCCUCUUUCCGGAAGGCCCAAAAAAAACCUUUACGUUGACGACUUCGAUGCCGGAGUCACCUAUGUGGAAGCCAAAGUCAGUUGCACCUUCACUGACUACUUUAAGCUCAGACAAAAUGAGCUGUUGGACAAGUUUGUUCCCUUCCCUCCCUUUCGCAAUGAAACCGACACUUCAAAACCCCAAUACGGGUUCCAAGUGAACGUUUUCGCUUGUGGCAGUAUAGCAAUUAGUACUUCCUUGGGCCACAAGAUAGCCGACGGAGGAAGCUUGAGUUAUUUCCUCAUGUGUUGGUCCACGGCCUUCCGAGGUUUCCCACAUAAAAUCAUCAAACCUAAUGUCUCUGACGCGCCGAAAGUCUUCCCACCAAGAGAGGAUUUUCCUGAGAAGUACCAAACCCUAAUGAACCAGUUGUGGUUCAAAAAAGGUAACUUCGUAACGAGAAGAUUCGUGUUCAAUGCCAGAUCCGUCGCUGCACUGAGAGAGAUGGCGAAAAGCGAGCACGUCCCAAAUCCGUCACGCAACGAGGCGGUGUCGUGCUUUGUAUGGAAGCACGCGACCGCGGCUUCUUGGGCCGUGUCGGGAUCCGCUAAGGCUUCGAUAGUAGCCCAUGCGGUGAACAUGAGGCCAAGACUCAAGUCCCAAGUGUUGAACACUUCAAUUGGAAAUCUGUUUUGGUGGGCAAUGGCAGAUUCCGAUAAGGCAGCUGAAGAGGAGUUGCAAAAACUUGUGGGAAAAAUGAGAGAGUCAUUAGUGAAUUUCAGCAACGAGUACUUGGAGAGCUUGGAAGGCGAUGUUGGCUUCGCAGCUGUGUCCGAUUUCUUCGAUAAGAUGGAGGGGAUUCUUACUUCCGAACCCGAAAAUGCACCGGAUAUUUAUGGAUUCUCAAACUGGAAGGGCUUCUUUAAUGAGGUCAAUUUUGGGUGGGGAAAGCCUAUUUGGGUCGGAGCACAUGGGAAGGUUGGUUCUGAGUUUAGGAAUCAAGUAUUCUUCGUUGACGCACAAGGUGGCGAGGGAAUUGAAACCUUUGUGACGUUGGAAGAGAAACAUAUGGCCGCUUUGGAGAAUGAUCCAAAGUUUUUGGCCUUUGCUUCUCCAAAUCCUGAAGAAGUUCCUGGCGGCAAUAUAUAUGGUUUUAGUCAUUACUGACGAAAUAUUUACUGGUUCUUUAUUUAAAAGCAUUUAAUAGUUUGCCUCAAGUAUUUUCUAUGCUAUAUAUUAAGUUUGAUGUAUUAUCUAUUAUCAGCGUGACAUUGACGAGUCCCGUAUGUACUAAAUAAAGGACUCUCAUACUUUCUGUGAAAAGUAUGCUUAUAUAAUUAUUUGGCCAAUAAUGAAAGUAAGUAUUGGUAUAAAUUAUCAAAAGUAAUCCAAUUAUUGUCAACAGCUUGUGUGAGCUUCUCAUCAGCCAUUGUUGUGACUUGUUGAUUGUUUUAGCCUUUUUAGGAAUAGUUUGGAAGAACAAAUUAAA